AUAGUUGUGUAAUCGUAUUUUUUUGUGAAAGUUGAUAGAUUUGGUAUAUCCGUUUAUAUAAAACCGAUUUCGCAGUGCAAAAUUUUUUGUGAGAAAAUUCUAAAAUGAAUCAAAACGACCGACAAAAAAUAAUGAAUCAACUGGAUCAGUUGAUCCAAAACACCAACUACGGAACCCUGCUUAAUUCAUGCCUUGACGAACGAAUUCUGUCGGAGGUGAUGAUUUUCAUAAUUGAGGAUCGCUUUCCAGAUGAAGCUACAAAACAUAAAAUGCUCUUUGAAAAAAUUACUAAGCGAGGGCCAACAGCGUUCCAAAAAUUAUUAGACAUUUGUCAACUUAAUUUCCCAGCAGCUUAUAAUCUUCUGAAGUCCGGAAAUGUUUUAACCAUUAAUAACGACCACGAAAACUUUCAUUCUAUAUCUAACGCUAAACGUCAUCGUUCAAGCAGUGACGCCAAUCUGAUUGAUCCAAAUCGAUCUACCGAAUUGCAUCGAAAAUUUCGGAAUCUUUCAGUAGGGUCACGAUCUGUGUCCGAAGAGGAAGACAGUAAGAGUCGCUUAUUUAAUUCCGCAGAUAGGAAUAGGAAAUGUAAGUUGGAAAUUUUCGAAGAAAAUGUUCUGGACAAGUAUGAAGUUAAACUUACUAAGAGUCCUCAACAACCAAAAUUGUUGCAUGCCUAUCCUAUGAAGAGCAGAAAUAGAGGAACAGUGUUUAUAUUGAACAUUAUUACAUACAUCAACAAUACUCAUCCGGUGCGAAAUGGGGCCAAAACCGAUAAGGACAAUUUAGUUUCACUAUUUAGGCAGCUUGGUUUUAAAGUAUUCUAUUACGAAGACCUUACCAGAGCGGACUAUGACGAUUUAAUCGCCCAGCUGAAAAGGUCAGAAUUUCUUUCUGCCGAAUGUUUCGCUUUUUACGUAUUGGCUCACGGAAAUCACACCAAGGGAAGCGAUAAAAUUUACCUGCAUGACAAUUCUGUUCUUUUCGUGGAGCAAAUUUUGGAACAGUUCAAUAAUGUUAACUGCCGAAAAUUGAUUGGGAAGCCUAAACUGUUUUUCUUUUCCAUAUGCAGAGGAGAUGAAGCGGAUUAUGGAACUCUACGGUCAGCAGAGCAUACUGAGCGAGAUGGAAUGAUUAAUCCGAAGAUUGACCCGCCAGUAAACAUGCCAACGUUUGCCGACAUGUUUAUUUGCUUUUCGACCGUUCGGGGAUUCGCAGCGCAUAGAGAUCAGCUCAACGGCUCGUGGUUCGUUGAGAGCAUGUGCGAAGUUUGGGGAAAACAUGCUCACGAUACCGACGUAGAGCAGUUGACGAAACUAGUCGGUAAGGAUGUCAGUAUGUAUAGGACCGAAAAAAACAAUGCUCUGCAGACGCUGGCCAGCGAGCAACGGGGAUUUUUUGAACUGCUCUAUUUGAAUCCAGGAUAUAUUGAGGAAUGAGAUCGUUCACAUUGCUCUACGCUAUUAAACGAUAAGUUAAGAUAAAUGCCAUGAACUUCGUACAAGUUUAUUUUUGCCGGCAUACUAUCUAUUAAAAAUAAGAUUUUUUAAUCAAAUUACGGACUAACCACUGAAACAAAUUGACAUUUCCAUCCACAGAGAUAUGUGGUAAAUAAUAUCUGUAGCAAAUUUAUACUGAAUGAAAUAAAACUUAGCGUAUGCGCUA